AUGACUCAGAAUUGUGAAGCUUGGGACAUGGCAUGUCAGUGUGGUGUCUUCAAGGCCGCCAACGUCUACAAAGAGUUAAGGGGUGAGAGAGUGGAUGUACCUUGGAAGAAGAUAUUCUUCCAAAACCGUGCUAGACCGAGAUCAAAAUUCAUUCUUUGGUUAAUCCUGAAAGGGAGACUACCCACGAAGGAAAGACUAGAAAGAUUCGGAUUUAUUAAUGAUGUAACUUGCUGUUUUUGCGACCAAACCGAAACCUUGGACCAUCUGUUUUUUGCCUGCAGAUGGACAUAUAGGAUAUGGAAAGAGAUGUUGGAAUGGAAUGGAUAUGCGAGAAACAUUCGACAAUGGCCACAAGAGCAGACUUGGUUGAUUCAAGAAAUGGGAAAGAAAGGCUGGCGGAGGGAGAUACUCAAAGUAACUUUGGCGGAGACGGUUUACCAAAUCUGGCUGAGUAGAAAUGAGGCUGCCUUUAAUAACAGCCUGCCAAGAAGUGACAUUACUAGAGUCAUACAGGAAAGAGUGGUGCAACGAUGCCUUCCACAUAGAAAACUAAAGCCUCAUGUUUCUGGGAAUGCUGUGAGCCUUAGGUAG